CCUGUUCAGCCCGUUAUAGUGCGUGAGGGGGCGGGAACGUCUGCGAGUCAAGGACUGGAGGGCGACGAGGGGGGAGAAGCGCCGUGUGCCUGGGUCGCAACAGAUCUUUUAGUACCUGUUGAAUUACUUCAGUCAAGAUGCCACCAGCAAUUGGAGGCCCAGUAGGAUACACUCCACCUGAAGGAGGAUGGGGUUGGGCUGUGGUUGUUGGUGCCUUUAUCUCUAUUGGUUUUUCGUAUGCAUUCCCCAAAUCCAUUACAGUAUUCUUUAAGGAGAUUGAAAUCAUCUUUGAAGCAUCAAGCAGCAAAGUUUCCUGGAUCUCCUCUAUUAUGUUGGCAGUUAUGUACGGAGGAGGUCCAGUCAGCAGCAUCCUGGUGAACAAAUAUGGCAGCCGGCCAGUCAUGAUUGCAGGGGGCUGCCUGUCAGGGUGUGGUCUGAUUGCUGCCUCUUUCUGUAAUACUGUAGAAGAGUUGUACUUCUGUGUUGGUGUUGUGGGCGGUCUGGGACUUGCAUUUAAUUUAAACCCAGCCUUGACCAUGAUUGGCAAGUACUUCUAUAAGAAGCGUCCUUUGGCUAAUGGAUUGGCCAUGGCAGGUAGCCCUGUAUUCCUGUCUACACUGGCUCCUCUGAACCAAUAUUUCUACAGCAUUUUUGGGUGGAGAGGGAGCUUUUUAAUUCUUGGAGGCCUCUUGUUGAACUGCUGUGUGGCUGGGUCACUGAUGAGACCAAUAGGACCUAAGCCUGAUCAACUGAAGAAAGAAAUUGAUAAAGAAGCAUUGCAGGAGGUUGGCAAAGAGACAAGAAAAGAAGCAGGAGAUGUCAGUACAGACCUUAUUGAUGGGAAAAAUAAAAAGCAAAAAACUACAGCCUUCCAAACAAUUAACACAUUUUUGGACUUCUCUCUCUUCACACAUCGUGGCUUCUUGCUUUACUUGUUUGGCAACGUGUUUAUGUUUUUUGGAUUGUUUACACCAUUAGUUUUUCUCAGCAACUAUGGAAAGAGCAAGGAUUUCUCUAAAGAAUCUUCAGCUUUCCUGUUAUCUAUUCUGGCUUUUGUAGAUAUGUUUGCCAGACCAUCCAUGGGUUUGGUAGCAAACACCAAGUGGAUUAGGCCUAGGAUCCAGUAUUUUUUUGCUGUGUCUGUUAUCUACAAUGGAGUAUGCCAUCUUUUGGCUCCUCUUUCUACUACCUAUGCCAGCUUUUGUAUCUAUGCUGGCUUUUUUGGAUUUGCUUUUGGCUGGCUGAGCUCUGUCUUGUUUGAAACACUGAUGGACUUAGUUGGGACUCAGCGAUUCUCCAGUGCUGUUGGUUUGGUGACCAUUGUGGAAUGUUGCCCAGUCCUUUUGGGGCCACCUCUUUUAGGUAGUCUGAAUGAUAUAUAUGGUGACUACAAAUACACUUACUGGGCAUGUGGCGUCAUCCUUAUUUUCUCUGGGAUCUUCCUAUUUAUUGGGAUGGGCAUCAAUUAUCGCCUGGUGGCAAAAGAGCAGAAGAGAGAGGAUAAGCAGAUUGCUGAAGGAAAAGAAGAAGAAACCAAUAUUGAUGAAGCUGAAAAACAAAAGGAGUCCAAUGAUAAUCUACCUCGAAAAACCACAGAAGAUGAUAUAAAAGAAGACAGUCGUGUGUGAGAGACUGGUCUCUUAAAUCCAGGAGGGUAUUGUAAUAAUUAAAAAAUACUGACAUGUUUGGAGGAACUCCUGGUCUUAAUGAACAGUGGUGAGAAUUAUAUAAAUCUGGCUUUUUAAAAAAUACAAAACCUGAAAUUGCAGAUAGUAUUUUUGUCAGCACCUGACAAAUAACAGGUCAGUGGGCAGUACUAGCAUUUUAGUAGGUUGGGGUGGGGGAGGGAAAAUGUGUGCUCUGUUUCUCAUUUUUUUUUUUAACAGUAAUGUGAAUGUACUAAUACGUGCCUUAGAGCUUCCACAUCUAGGUUAUUUUAGCAGAGCCAUAACACUGUUCUGUAAAUUGUUUUGGCUUUUUUUAAUCUACCUAGGCAAUAUUCACAAAAGAUAUCUUGACUUGCUCUAUUAGUAGGGUUCACAGUUGGGUGUUAAACAAAAACUACUUCAUAUGCUCCUAAAAUUGCUUACUGCCAGUCUCAUAGUUGGUGUACAAAUAACUUGGGCACACAAAUGAAGAAAAGGCUAGCAGAUUUCUUUUUUAAAAAUAGUGUUGCAGACCUAAUGUAUUUGGAUACCAGAUUCAAGCUACCUUGAUUGUGUUUGAUAGCUUUUAAAAACUUAGCCAACUUGCUGUUGGGCUUGUUUGAAUAAAAUAUAUUAAUAUUUUCAUGCUGUCUUCACUUGACUUUCUCUGGAGAGGAACUUGCUUUUUAAUUACCAUUACUUCUUUAGUUGUUACUUGCUCUGAAAUGAAACCGGGACCAGUGCAAGAGGAUAGCACAUGGAUUCGUCAAUUAUUGAACAAAGCUAAAGAUACAGUAUUUUCAUUAACUGUUUAAACUUUGAAAUAAGAAAUGAUAAGGAUGUUGCCAGACAUGAUUACUUAGAAGUAAGCUUCAUUGAAAUCAAUGCUGCUUACAUUUAAGUAAUGACAUGUGUUUGCACUAUUACCAUGUACACUGAUCCUGACAUCAAUUAUGCUACUUCCAAAGGGAUAUAUUUUUGUUUCAUGUUGUGACUUAAAAAAAUAUUCAGUUUAAGGGAAGAAAUUUCUUAUUUUGUAUAGUGUUAAAUAUCUAGAGAAUACUGUCUUAACACAAGCUUUAGUGCCAGAACAGAUAACAUUUUACUAAUCUGUGCUCAGAAUAGAACAGUUGACAAACAGCAUGGAAACUCUAAACUGGAACUGAGACUGAUAAGAUAUUCAUGCUUCCUGCUUUUCAUGUUGACUUAUUCUGAGUGGAUUACAAUUUAAAGUGAUAUGUAGCUGCUCAACUGCAUUUUUUUAUUUUGUAAAAGGUAGAAACCUAUGUGUCCUCUCUUUCUGUGUUCGUAAUAUUGGAAAAUAUACUUUUUGCUACUACGGUAGCAAAAUUUGAAUAAAUACUUCAUUCAAGGAGAAGUGGAAAACAGCUUUCUGAUCAUAAGCCAAGUCUAUAGAAAAUUAAUCAAAAAUUUAGAUUAUGUUCAGAUGCUCUUCUGCAUAGUUCACCCAUUAAAUGUGAAUAAUUCUUUUCCUAUUUCAGUUACUUGUGGAGUAAUUCAAAAUGUAUGGGAAAAAAUCUGUAGGACUCCUUGGGAGGUGAUUGAGUCAGAUGAUCUAUUUGUCAUGUAAAAUAGUAUUCCAUAAUAGCAUAAUAUAAUUACUUAAUUUCUUGAAAGCUGCAAGAAAAUUGAUUCCUUCUCUUGCAAACUGAUGCUUGCUUUGGUGAAUGUAGUAUUUGAUGUCACUACUUAAGUGAAAAGCAGUACACUACUAGAAUACUACUUUUAAUAAGUCAAACUAUUUAAAAUUCCAGUAGCCUAAUGGGGAAUAUAUGACCACUAAAAUUUCAUUUGAUUAUAUAUGUUAUGGUGUGGUAUGCUCCUGAUUGUCCUACCCUACUGAAUCUCAUUAGCUACUCCUUAGACAAGAAUGGACAAGAACUAGCAAAAUGUGGGUUCCAUAGUUCUACACUGUGGCGAGGAAAGAAAAAAUGUCAGUAACAUUUUGUUGUGUGCAUAUUCCUUUUAAGGUUGAGUCUGCAUGCUUUUUAGCAUUUUUUUUUAAAAUUGAACCUAGUCUGAUAUAAGUCAAAUUGUGUAAUUAUAUUGUAUUUUUUAUUAUCCUGUAAGAUGAUGUUUUACUACAGAGAGACAAAUAGGUACUCAUAAAAUUGUGUUGGGCUUGUAAACUGGAAAUUGUUCUCCAACAAAAGCUUUUAUGGUGAAUGCAGGCUCUCUUCAAUUUUUCUCUCUGAUAAUGGCUUCAGAUGACAUCUGCACAGAAAAUUCCUGUAAAUUUGAUUUAGCACUUUAUUCCAAGAACGUAGAAAUUCCAGGGCAUGGACCAUUAAAAGCAUAUUUUGUUCCAGUUAAAAGUAUAUUUACUGUGGCUGACCAAUUCAUACCAUUUCCAGGCCUCUCUGUUGAAUGCAUGAUCAGUGAUGUUCCUGUAAUGGCCUCCAGUUGUAGUUCAGGCAUCUUAUCAGGUGCCCACAUGUUCUGUUAGUAGAACAAGAAAAACAUUUGUAUGACCCAAAGGCAGUUCUGUGAGAUCUAAAAAUAUCCUGCUAGCAUGUAAGAUGAUAUGUGACGGAGUUGCUCAAGUCUGUGGAAGCUAGAAGGUUGUAAAAAAAAAAAAGCACACAAAACUUAUGCAGGAUAGAUUCUUGGUAGUAUUGGAAAUAUUAGUAAUGACUGAUAUCUUUCUAAGAAUUCUUAGCUCCCCAUAAAAGCACCAUGUAGACCUAUCUCUAAAUACUAAUCAUAACAUGAUACUCUACUCCCUCCCCACUAACUGAAACUAAUAGAUUUAAAUAUUUAAUAAGUUUGAUCCCUAAUGUUUCUUCAUGUGUGCUGCACAUUUAUUUUGUGUAAACCAAGUUAGAAGAAAGCUACUUUUCCAUGAGACACUUGCUUUGCCAAAUGGACUACUUGCUGAAAUUCAAGUAGUGGAACAAAUUGGGCUUCAUGUUUUCCAUCUCCCUUCCCAAAUAUGUAGAAUCUGACAGGUUAUGUUUCCUUUAUUAAAAGGAGUUGUGGAAGUCCCUUGACAGUAUUAAAAAUGCACUGUGAAAUAUUCUGAUCUGUUGUCUUGGUUGCUGAAUUUAUUAGGGUUUUUUUUAAUGUAUUGUCCAAAAUGAUACAAAAAAGAAGCCUAUCGGUAUUUUCAUACUUUAAAGUUUGUACAUUCAAUAGAAUAUUUUUCAUACAUGUUAUUGUACUCUAUUAAAAUGUGACAUUAUAAAACCUUGUGUCUCAUGUUCAACCUUGUGUCAAGAAUGCAUAAUAACUGGUUCAGAUUGCAAUAAACUAACAUUGAAAAGCUU